GCCUGGGGAGGACCUGGGAGGGGCGUCAGUUCAUUCAGUCAGUUGUCAGCAGGGCGUCAGCGGCGAAAGGAGGAAGGAGAGGCAGCAGAUAAGAUGGCAACUGGUAUCCAGAUGACGCGCGAGGCCCUGUGUGAUGGGCUGGACCACAUGGCUCUGCAGCAUCUGACGCUUAUGGACCAGCUGAUUAGAACGAAGAUGAUCUUAGAAGAGCAUAUGCGAAGUGGCUUCUUCCUGCUGGGCAAAACUCGCUACGUCCUGGGUUGCAAUGCCAUUAGUACCUUGCAGUUGCCGUCAGAGGAGAGAGAAGUAGAUCCCCUCGUGUCAGUCAUCUCGACACCAGUCAGGAUUGAAAGAUACGACGGGGAAAUCAUCUACCAGGAGAUGAACACGGAAUUUGCAGAUCCUGUUGUGUCUCUCCCUGUUGAGGUGGAAGAAGACAACGUGUCUGAUAUGUAUACCCAGGAAGAUGAUCCUGUCGAAGGGUUAAGGCAGAGGAUCUCCAAUUUACAAGGAGAACCGCCUGAAGACAGAGAAGAGGGUGACAGAGAACAGUACAGUACAGAUCAAAUUAAAAAGAAAGUCAUUAACAGAGAUCCUAUCAGAUGGUUUUCAGUUUUGCCACCACAGACUCUCAAACAAGCGCAGACGGAUUUCAAGACUGCAAUUCAAAUAAGUGCAAAGUGUGCCACUUUAUUAGGACAGUUAAAAGCAGUGUGUAAUGAGUACAAGCGGCUGGCUAAAAUCAAGUCGAAAAUUGAUAACAUUGAGAAGGAAUCUUGAUCGUUGUGGCUUGACGACGAGGGGUUGCUCAAGGAGAGGGAAAAAGCGUACUUGAGGCAUUUACAUUCCUAAUGGUAAAGGUUAUUUGCAAGGAUUUUUAUGGUUUUAACCCCUCUGGGAAGGUUUUGAGUCUGCUUUUAGCUUCAAGAUAGUUAAUGAAGUCUUUGUUUUUCAGUUCUGAUAUACAUUCCAUGGUACACAAUAUAGCUACAAACAUCUGCAGAUUAUAAUUAACUAUGAAUAUACUAUAGAUAUAGAAAAGAGAAGAAAACAAGAGAAUAACAGUUAUAAUCCCCUUUUACUCUUCAGAAGAUAGCCAUGCACUCUCAGAGUAUGUGAUACUAAGAUAAAUUAACUUAUACAGGUAUUCUAAGAUAAAGUAAAGAACAAAUCACAUACAGAUAUGUUUAAGGGAGAUGAUAGAUCUUUAUUUUGUACUGUCACCAUUACAAUGCCUUAAUGAUACUAAUGAUAAGAGGAUAAGAAGACAGGGUAGAGCAUGGACACUUGUAUAACUUGCACAUUAAAUGGUAAAUGCAAAAGGGUUUGAAUAUCCUUGUUCAUCCCAAAAGUUUUUUUGGUGACCAAAUAUUGAUUAAAUUUUUUUUCCCAAAUAUGUCUUAUAUUUUGAAUCUUAAUUUAAGGACUACAAGGUAGAUAUAUAUUGAUGUGUGGUAAUACCAUAUACAGAAUAAUUGAGAAAAUUAAAAAAUUCAUAUAAAUUGAUGUUCAUAAGCACGCAUCAGAUUUCCUUUAAAAGGUAUGUAAUCAUGCAAUAAUUGGUAUCAGAUGGUUAGUGUUAAAAGUGAUAAUAGAUAGCAAAUUGACAAUUAAUACAAAUGGAAGUGUGAGAAGUUACUUUACUUAAAAAACCAACAAAAAACCAACAUAAAAACUGAAAUGCAAUAGAGAACAGUAUAUAAAAUUACACAUAUAAAAAAAAUAAUGAUCUCCCUGUUUAUAAAAUUUUUACCCUGUUCAUAAGACUGAGCACUGUAAGAUGGAGAAUCAAUGCCUAUUAUUCAGGAAUAAUUUGAUAUGUUAAUAAAGUAGAGCAAAAUUGCCAGAUACAGCCAUCUGUCUGGUAGUUUGCUGCUGGCUAAGGAUAGACAACCAGACACCAACAUCCGCUUGUGUACGUCGUUGCUCAGUUGGCUGGGUUUGAUUGUGUGGAAGAGACCUAUAAGAGGCUACGGAAAGGCAAAAAUGAGAAAAAAAAGAAAAGAAUCUGGAAAUUCCUGAGUAGAUAAAGGUAAGAUAUUAAGAAAGUAACAUUUAUAUUGUAAGUUACAUGGGUAGUCUUUUCCAGCUCUGUAAGCAGCACAACAUUUUGCACAGAAUGGGAAGUUAUAGAUAUUGCAAUGAAUUGCAAUAGAAUAUGUUUUUAUAGAAUAUGUAAAAGUACUAUAAUUGUAUAAUUAUAAAGAUGGUAACAUUUGAAUUGCAUAGAGUUAAAUAGCAGGGAAAAAAGUGUUUUGUAUGCCAUAUGUUACAAAUGUCUUGCAGUUCCAUAUAGUUACUUAAUGACAAGCAAAGAUGAGAGGGUAAGAAAGAAAAUUAUUUUUAUUAUGUCAUAUUAGGAAAAGAAAAGCAUCAUAUGAGCAUGUCCAUUGAAGAGCAAAUAAAUCUAAAUAUGUGGAAAUAUCUAUAAAAUUAGGGAUUAAACUUUAGACUUACUGUUACCUGAAUGGUUUUAAUAAAUGCUUUUUGAAUUAACUUAUCAUAUCAACAACAUAUUAUGGUGGAAUAUGGUGCUAUGGCUAAAUGUAAGAAAAUGUAUGAAUGAGAAUGAAUAUCUUCACAAUACAAGAGAUGUAUUUGACCGGUUUCGAUUCUAUCUUCGUCAGAUUUCUGACGAAGAUAGAAUCAAAAUUGGUCAAAUACAUCUCUUGUAUUGUGAAGAUAUUCAUUCUCAGUCAUACCUUUUCUACAUUUGUCAACAUGAAUGCGGUUCAUGAAUAAGUAAAUAAAAAGUUGGUUUUCAUUUGUAAUACUUGGAGAUUCUGUAUUAUUUACUUCAAUUUUGUGAAAUGUAGGGCCACUACAUGUAUCAGUUUUAUUAGUAUUUUGUAGUGCAGUUGUAUACAAUUAUUUCAGAUAAAAUUGAUAUGCUUGGUCAAAAUAUACCCCCCCCCCCCCCCCUAAUCCCUUGCUCAUUGUUGAUGCACGAGGGCUUAGGAGAUGGAGACUCAGGCCCAAUGUAAGAGAUCACCCCGACCUUGGACCUCAGCCCUUACCUCAACUAAUUUUGCAUGGUCUUUACUUCCCCCUCCCCCCCUUCCUUUCUUCUCUUCUUCAUCAUCCCCGUCUUCUGUCGACUUCCUAAGAUGUAAGAGCCGUGCUGAAAGGAUGAAAGUUUGGCUUUAUGUCAAUCAUGAAAAGCCUCCGGGAGCCUUGGGCUUGGUGUUCCCUUGGUUGAUUGUCAAGCUCUUACCCCUCAUGGGGACCCUGAGGAGUACACUGUUUCCUCUCCCUAUUUAUUUCAGGCUCACCAUGGCCAGUAAUGAAUAUUUUUUACCCUUAUUAGGGGCAUUAAGGCUUGCUUGGUUGUAUGGAAUAAUCUUCCAUCUCAUAUACAGGAUGCCUCGUCUCUUCCAUCUUUCAAGAGGCUUCUGAAAUCGCAUAUAUUAUCGCAGUAUUAAAUGUCCACACUGUGAACAAAUCAAUGAACCAUAGUGUUUAUUCAGUAUCUUUUCUUUGCCAUUAACUAUUAACUUAUAAAAUGCCUUGAAACUGUGUGCAUAACCUUGUUUUGUGUAACUACCAGUGAGCUGCCCUAAGAGUGUAUCCGCGCUCUGGAAGACUCAGCCACUACUUUCUUGUAAACUGUACCUUGUAAUUUAUUUCUUUGAGGCUUAAUAAAUAUUUUCGAAUUUGAA